AGGGUGUCCUGUAUGAGUGAAAAGGACCAGUUGAGUAUACUGCGACAGUACGAUACCGUGAUAUUACUUGACGACUCCGGCUCCAUGGCAGAUUAUGGCCGGUGGGAAGAGGCGAAGAAGGCACUCUCCGAUCUUGCAGCUGUAGCCGGGAAAUACGAUACUGAUGGCAUCGAAAUAUGUUUCAUCAACAGUAUGAAGCACGGGAAGCAUAUCAAACUCGCAAAAGACGUCGAAUCGCUUCUUGGGUCGAUGAGACCGAAUGGAUUGACCUUCAUCGGAGAGAGAUUGGAGGAAAUAUUGCGUCAAUAUAGCGACAGCCUUGACAACAUCUUGGGAAAUCGGCUGGGUAACAUGGAGCAGGCUCGCCUUCAGAGGAUAAAGCCGAUCAACAUCAUCAUUAUCACCGAUGGAAUACCUUCUGACGAACCACAGGAAUGUAUUGACUUUUUUGCGAGAGAAUUUGACAGAAAGAAAUACCCGCUUACUCAGGUUGGGAUACAAUUCGUUCAGAUCGGAAACGACAAGGGCGCUACGGAAUACUUGGAGAAACUUGACGGCGAUCUGCAGAAGUUGAAAGAACAUCGAGACAUGGUUGACACUACGCCCUACAAGCCCAAGAAGGGAAAGCUCUCUGAGGAAAGGCUAAGGAAGAUCAUGCUCGGGGGGAUUCUUCGACGAAUCGAUCGCCAGCAUCAGAUAGAAGUGGGGGGGACAAAGGGAAGAAGGAUGGGCGCUCGAGACCUCGAAGGUUUCGCGGCAUGGUAAGAGUGGGUCUUGCCAGGUUCAAACUCUCUACUUCUGCGGUGGUGCAUCUCGGCGGCGAGGACUCUGGGUGUAUUCAAUUAAGUCUUGGUACAGUAUGGGUAGCAUCGCUUACCGCUGGUAAUGUCACCUUGUACUCAGAGCUUCAUGUUAGAUAGCUGUAUCAAGUAGAACCUUCGUAUAAAUUUCCUUCUUCGAU